AACAAUACAGUGAAGAAAGCGAUUCUUAAUAAAAUCACUAAUACUUGAAAAUAUUGAACAACCUUCCAUUUAUCUUUUAAUAAUAAUUGUAAGAUGGUGGGUUCAGGCCUUUGUCAUGGAUUUAAGAAAACAUUUCAUUUUAUAAGUUUCUUCUUGACUCUAAAACUCCCUCUUUAUAAACACUUCAACAGCUAAUGCACUGGAUUUGAUUUCUGACCUCUGGACUCAUUUCAUGAGGAGUUACCAAAUCCUCCAGCAGGUGUCGCUGUGAGCGUCUAGGUGUCGUUCCUCCACACAUGUAGAGAAACAGAAGAAGACGUGCGGCAGUGUUGGUGAUUGAUGAUCUGAUCUCUCCGACUCUACUAAUCAUCUUUACAUUCCAAUAUUUCUGACAGGGUUUUACCCCCACACUUCCAUCUGAUCCGUUGUGGGGGGAUUUGAGCUGCUUAACUGCCUUCUGCUGGAAACAUCAAGGUUUGUUUGGUGUCCUGUCUCUCCUCCUGUCGUCCUCUGUCCUACACCUCACAAAUUUACCAACACAAGAAUAUCAAGAGAUUUAAUUAUGAUGAAGGCAGAAGAGAUUAAAUGUGAGGAACCUGUGGAGAGCUGCAGCAUUGAGCAAAUUUCUGAUACUUCUCACAGACAAGUGCAAAAAUAUAUCCACAGCUGCCCACUGUGUGGAAAGAGUUUCAGCCGGAAGACUUAUCUCAGACAGCAUCAGCGGAUUCACACCGGAGAGAAGCCGUAUCACUGCUCACAGUGUGGGAAGAGCUUCAGUCAGAAGAGUCACGUCAGUAGACACCAGCUCAUUCACACCGGGGAGAAGCCGUACUACUGCUCCGAGUGUGGGAAGAAGUUCACCUGCCAGAGUCGGCUCCAGCGACACCAGCGCAUUCACGCAGGAGAGAAACCCUAUCAGUGUUCACACUGUGAGAAGAGGUUUAGUGAGAGCCGUCUUCUCAUUAACCACCUGAGAGUUCAUACUGGAGAGAAGCCGUAUCAGUGCUCAGAGUGUGGUAUGAGUUUUACUCAAUGGAGCAAUCUCCAAAAACACCAACGCAUUCACACAGGAGAUAAACCUUAUAACUGCCUCGUGUGUGGAAAGAGCUUUACACAAAAGUGUACUCUCCAAAUACACCAACGCAUUCACACUGGAGAGAAACCGUAUUACUGCUCACAGUGUGCCAAGAACUUUACCACCCUGAAUCAUCUCCGAAAACAUCAGCGUGUUCACACUGGAGAGAAGCCGUAUCUCUGCUCGCAAUGUGGGAAGAGCUUCGGUCAGAAGAGUCACGUCAAAAGACACCAGCUCAUUCACGCUGGAGAGAAAACCCAUCACUGCUCCGACUGCCCACUGUGUGGAAAGAGUUUCAGCCGGAAGACUUAUCUCAGACAGCAUCAGCGGAUUCACACCGGAGAGAAGCCGUAUCACUGCUCACAGUGUGGGAAGAGCUUCAGUCAGAAGAGUCACGUCAAACAACACCAGCGCAUUCACACCGGGGAGAAGCCGUACCGAUGUACAGAGUGUGGGAAGAAGUUCACCUGCCAGAGUCACCUCCAGCGACACCAGCGCAUUCACGCAGGAGAGAAACCCUAUCAGUGUUCACACUGUGAGAAGAGGUUUAGUGAGAGAGGAUUUCUCAUUAACCACCUGAGAGUUCAUACUGGAGAGAAGCCGUAUCAGUGCUCAGAGUGUGGUAUGAGUUUUACUCAAAGGAGCAAUCUCCAAAAACACCAACGCAUUCACACAGGAGAUAAACCUUAUAACUGCCUCGUGUGUGGAAAGAGCUUUACACAAAAGUCCACUCUCCAAAUACACCAACGCAUUCACACUGGAGAGAAACCGUAUUACUGCUCACAGUGUGCCAAGAACUUUACCACCCUGAGUAAUCUCCGAAAACAUCAGCGUGUUCACACUGGAGAAAAAACCUAUCACUGCUCCGAGUGUGGGAAGAGCUUCAGGACUCUUAGAAACUUUCAGCAACACAAGCACAUUUACACAGCUGAGAAUGAGGACAUGAUGCAGUUUACAGCAGAAAGUCUGGAAAUGAACUAGUUUUAUUCUAAAUGCUAUUUCGAGUCAAAGAUAAUCACUUCAUUACAUCUCUUGGAAUGUACUGUAUAUAUUUCUUGCUAUGUAUAAGAAGGGGACAGUAGGGUUUCUAUCACUGUGAUCAUUGAGACAAUAGUGAAACUGAGUAUUCCAAAUCAUUUCAUUUCAUUCAUUAAAUAUGUAGUCACAUAUAUAUAUAUAUAUAUAUAUAUUUUGUAUAAUUACGUUCCCAAGUUGCAUAUAUACAGAGAAUGUAUGACAUCAACAAGUACAUAUCUAAUCUUAAAAUCACAUCAUGGUCAAAUAAUUGGUAUGAAUGCAUUUUUUUGAUUUUUCAGUCAGGACCAUAUGUUAGAAUUUUUGUUAGAAACAAAAAUAUGAAAAUUAGAUUCCUUCAUCAUGCCAAUACUUCAGUGAAAUAAAACAAUUAUAACAAUUUAUAGUUUUUAUAAAUGAAAAAAUUAAAUGGAAGGAUGAUAUUUGGAAGGAUGAUGGACAUAAAUAAUAUUUUUGGGGAUUAUUUACAGGAGUUAGUAAAUUAAAGAACUGAUAUGAAAAUUAGCCAAUCACUUCUUUAAACAGACAGGUAAAAUACUAUGUACUUACAUUUGCAUUGUAAGGAGAGCAGAUGGUUUGGUGUAGUCGGUGUUCCGGUUCAUCCCAGUUGGGUUUAGUCAGAGUCAGAGCUCUGUGCAGGACACUCCAGUUCUUCACUCCAACCUUCUCCUCCACACCAUGUCCUCAUGGAGCUGCUUUGUGUACAGGGACAUGGUCAUGCUGGAGCAGGGAUUGACCCCGUGUACAUGGUAAUGCUGCAGCACUCAGAGACGUUCUGUACGAUUGUGUGCUUCAAACGUUGUAACAGCUGGGGGAAGAAACAUGUUAACAUAUUUCAUCUGUCUAUUUACAAUUAUUCCUGCAUUUUGCACCCGUUCAUAUGGCAUGCUGUUUCAGGUUUCGAUAAAGAUGGCCUUGUAAAAAUACUUUAUAUUAGUUUUUUCUUUUAAAGCUUCUCUGCAGACUCUGUAAAAUAACACUCUCUUUAUAUACUACAAGCACUGACUGCUAUUGAAUUUGAUUUCUCACUCUUUGUCCUGCUCUUCAGUAGACCUUUACUUGAAUCUCGUGGUUUGAAACUAACUUUUCCAUAAUCCAUAUUUCCAUAUGAAGGGACAACAAUUUUCUCUGAUGUGAUCUUGCUCGGUUUUUGCAGGUGAACCCUCCAACAUGGUAAUGAGACUGAAAAUACACAGUGUGGCGCAGUGUGCUUACUUAGAAAUUGUUGUUUCUGUCAUUUUUUUCCCCUAUUAUAAUGAUUUGUGUCACGUAGAACCCAGAAGUGUAAAAAGUUUGGUACUGGGUCGAAGGACUGACUGUUUUGUUUCACCUGAGUAAAAGAAAGUAACCAGAUAUCCAGUGUUGAUGUUCUUAUUACAAUGUUAAACUAGUUAUUUAAGAGCAUUCCUCUGGUGUGGUUCAGUAAUGAUAAUCAUGGAUCAAGCUGAACCUUUUAAGGACAGCAUGUGAAUGAACUCAACAAGAGAGUGAUCAGGAUCUUCUGGCACUUUUGGGGUGAGACAAUGUACUAUGCACUAUGGACUAUGGAAUACUGGAGGGUUUGCAGGGGACAUAUGACAGUCAAACUCUUCCAUUUCCCACAUUUUGACAGCCUUUUAAAUAUACUGAAAUCCACUUCUGAAGAUUCAGGAAGACUCUCUAGUGCACUACAUUUACAAUCAGGACUCAUUUGGAACACGGCUCUGGUGAAGCGUUCCAUUCUGUGCAGAUAAUUAUUGAUUAAUUAUUACAUUGAUGCUAACUAAUAGUUUCCUGCCCUUUUUAUUCGUAUUGAAGUGCAGGUCUAAGUUUAGCUCACUAAUGUCCUCAAAAGUGAAGAUUUUUUCAAGAUACUGAAGAUGUCAAUGACAGAAUAUGUCAAAAACAAGCAAAGCUCAGCACUGCCGUGAAUUCGGUUUAUUUAGGGGUUUAUAUUUGUAUAUUUAUACACCACAUUGAUACAGGAACAAGUAACCUAUUUUUUAUUUUCUUGUAUUGUAUGAAAUAAAUACACAUGUGCUAUAAAUAAUGAAAUGACUAAUUGCACCAAUAUCAAAUAUAGUAAUAAAUAAUUUCAACGAUUCUAAUUAUAAAAUGUUGUCAUAGAAAUUUUCACAAUAGGUCUUGUUCCUUGUGGCAUACGUCCAGGUGAGAAUGGUGAAAACUAGAGUUAUUAAUUGUGUUUCUCUGAACUGGAGCUAAACAACAGGUUUCAUUGUUCUUUGGAACGGACAGCAACUCUUCUUUUCUCCAUUUAUUUAUUACUGUACACGGCUCUAGAGUAAUAUACUUUAUUACUUCAGGGCUGAGAAGUGCAAAAAACAAAUCCAUAAACACAAGGACGAAUCAGACAGAGCAGAAAAGGUAGGUAUAGUUUGCGAAUGGAAUUCUUCCCUCUGAUUGGACGAGACAUCUGCCCUUGUGUUUUUGGAUUUGUUAUUGUGUCUUGCGUUUCUCAGCCAGCGUAGCUUUAUCUCAGAGUCACAAAUAUUUGAUUUCCAGAGCGUCCGGAUUUCAACAAGCUCAUGUUUAGUUCAGUUCAAAUCAAGCAAAAUGCCAUUAGAAAUACUGAACCCUUGAUGGUUUUCCCCUCUCUAAUCCAGAUUUCUGAUGAGUGUUUUACAAGUCCCAUCCUGCUGCAAGAGCAUCAAGAGAUCGAACCAGGAUAAAGUCAGGCGAGAUUAUUCCUGACAAGCCACUAGCAGGUCCAGUCAUCACCAAAUGUCCUCUGGUUUUUUGUGCUUGUCAGUAAGUGUGGAGAGAAAAGUCCACCAGUGCUCAGAAUAUGGGAAAAGUUUCAGUCAAAAGACCAAGUUCAAAAAACACCAGCGUCUUCACAAGGAUAAGAGGCUGUACCAGUGCUCCCAGUGUGGGAGGACAGACAGAAUAGGAUAAUCUCCAUCGAAGAUUCAAUGAACACCAAAUGAACAUCAAAUAAGAAAUGUAGCUAUCAUUCUCCUGCUGGAGAUCUCAGAGCGUCCGGGUGGUGAUUUGAUUCAAUGGUUAAUUAGCUAGUGUCCAAUCUAGAUUCCGCCUCCGUGUCAGAGGUUAUUCAGUAAAUCAGAUCCACUACCAUCAUGUGAUGUAGAGAUCAAACAAUAAAUGCACUAAAAUAAAUAUCUAACACUUUAGUCCAUUUUUUUUGUCUGUCUUUCAACAAUAACACCAGCGCUUGGCACCUGAUGAGGUGAGCAGGUUCAUGAUGAUGGUUCAGGAUUUGAUCAUGUUUCUUUUCUUUUCAGAGGGAUUUCAGGAUGAACCUGAACUAACUGAAUGUGACACGGGAUACAAGAACAAA